AGAAAGGCCAACUCUUCCCCCAAUUGGGGGAUCAAUUUCCUCCACCAGAAUCACUUCGGGGCAGAGACACAGAAAUCACUCAAGAACAUAUUUUAAGAGAGAACAUACUCUAUAUAUUCCCAAAAUGUGUGACCAGGAGGUCACUUAUUCAACUGUGAGAUUUCAUAAGUCUUCAGGCUUACAGAACCAGGAGAGAGCUGAGGAGACUCAAGGGCCCAUAGAAGCUGGCCACAGAAAGUGUUCAGUCCUCUGGCAGCACAUUAAGAUAGCUCUAGGAAUCCUCUGUUCCCAUCUGCUGGUAACUCUUGCAGUGUUGGCAAUGAGCAUUAUUCAGUAUAGUCAAGAAAACCAUGAUCUGCAGAAGACUCUAAAACACCACCAUAACUGUAGCACCAUGCAAAGUAUCAUCGACUUAAAGGGAGAAAUGAUGAGAAAUAAGUCUAUUGAGUGCCGUUCAGGCAGUGAAUAUCUGGACUCCCUCAAGCGAGAACAGGAAAGAUGGAAUAGAAAAACCAAGACAAUUUUAAAUUCCACAGAGCACAUAGGCAAAGGUGUUAAAAUACACUGGUUCUGCUAUGGUAUAAAAUGUUAUUAUUUCAUCAUGGUCAAAAAAUCAUGGAAUGGAUGUCAACAGACCUGCCAGAAUUCCAGCCUACCCCUUCUGAAGAUAGAUCAUGAAGAAGAACUGAAGUUCCUUCAGAUCCAGGUUAUUUCAGACAAUUACUGGAUUGGAUUGAAAUAUCAUAAUGAAGAAAAGGGAUGGGCAUGGACUGACAAUGGAGAAUCUAAACUUGUACUGAGCAGAAGGAAGUUCAAUCUAAAAGAUGGAGGAUGUGUAUUCUUAUCUAAAAGAAGACUAGAAAAUACUAAGUGUGAUAAUUCAUACAGCUGUAUUUGUGGGAAGACACUGGAUAAAUUCCCUGGUUGAUUCUCAGAGCGUUAAAGGACUUAGUCUGCUGUGCAAACAGAGAGACAACCUGGAAGAUUUAUUCUCUGGAAUCUGACUUGACAGAGCAGAGGACAUCUUCUUUCCUUGUAAAGAGUACAGAGACCUUCUUUAGUGUGUUUCCAGGCUUUGCCUCACAACAUUGAGGAAUCUGUUCUAUUUGCAUAAAAUCCCUUUGAAGUAAAGAAUGCUAAUUAACAGCCUGAGUUCUUAAUUAUGAGUAGAAUUAAAUCAUGUUAAUUGAAA